GAGGGAGGAGGAACUAAAAGAAAAAAGUUAAACUAAAAAUGGCUUCCUUGUCUUUGGAGUCUGCAGAACAAUCUGAGAAUAGCACGGAGGAGUCUACCCAAGAGGCCGCUCCGGUAAAAGAGGAGGCAGAUCCGGAUGAAGUUUCUGAACAAUUGCUAAAAACGUUCCAGAACUCGGCGCUCAGCUUUUCGACGGAUCAAGUAGCAUGUCUGUGCGAAGCCCUUCUACAGGCGGGCAAUGUGGAUCGCCUGUGGAGAUUCCUAUCAACCAUCCCUCCUUCGGCCGAGCUGCUACGUGGCAACGAGACGCUGCUCAAGGCCCAGGCAGUGGUCGCUUUCCACCGGGAAGAAUUCAAGGAGCUGUACGCAAUAUUGGAAAGCCACGACUUCCACCCGAGCAACCAUGGGUUCCUGCAGGACCUAUACUUGCAGGCGCGCUACAAGGAGGCGGAGAGGUCCCGAGGUCGUAGCCUGGGCGCCGUGGACAAGUAUCGGCUUCGGAAGAAGUUUCCCCUGCCGAAAACAAUCUGGGAUGGAGAGGAGACUGUGUAUUGUUUCAAGGAGAAGUCUCGCAAUGCACUGAAAGAGUGUUACAAAAGCAACAGGUACCCCACUCCAGACGAGAAGAAAAACUUGGCCAAAGUGACUGGACUCUCCCUCACGCAAGUCAGCAAUUGGUUCAAGAACCGACGGCAGAGAGACCGAACCCCGUCCGGUACCAACAGCAAAAGUGAGUCCGAUGGCAACCACAGCACAGACGAUGAGGGUGAUGACAUCUCAGACAAACCAGAGGACAUUGUGGGCUCCACAGCCGCCAUCAUCUCCCUCUCUGGCACCCCCUGCAGCACUGGAGGCCAGAUCUUCCUCAACGGGGCUGGUGGGUUCCUCACCUCCUCCCACCCCUUACUCCUCAACGGGGGCUCCUUGAUCUCCGGGGCAGGGGGUGGGGUCAUCAUCAACGGGCUGACCCUGAGCGAUGGUCACACGGUUACCCUCAGCCCCAUAUCGGCUAACUCGCCUCUGCUCUUCAAUGGAGCGCAGGUCAUAUCCAAGAGCAGUGAGGUUGAGCAGGAUAUGGGUCUGGAGGGCCAGGGGGUUACGGCCAUGGAGGCCCAGCCCAGCUCUGCCAUCUCCCUCCCACUGACAGAGGAUCUUAAGACGGACAAUGUGAGCCUUACGAACCCCUCAACCAUCCCCACCCUGGACUUCAUCAAUGUCCCAGAGGGGAUUAUUCUCAAAGCAGAGGACAUCCAGACAGUCUCUCCUUCCCCCUCCUCUUCCUCCUUGUCUUCCCCCUCAACAUUCUCCCCCACCUCCCCCCCCUCCCUGGUUCUGACUCAAAAUGGCCGCCUCUCCGACACCCUCACCCUCCCGGUGUCUAUGUCCUCCCCGGGCGUGGUCAUCUCCAGCCCUGUAGUGGGCCUCCCCAGCCAGCAGGGGGAGUAUGUGGUGUUUGCCACGGCUGGUUCUCAACUCACCCCCUCCAGCUCCAUCUGCCAGGUGGUGUCCUCCUACAGCUACUCCACCCCACAGGUCUUCUCCCUGCCUCAGGUGGUGCCCUCCAUCCAGGGUGUCCCCGUCUCCCAACUGGUCCAACACACCCCUGGAGGCCAGGUGUCCCAGUGUCCGCAGUUAGUCCCUGUGUCCCCCCUCACCUCCUCUCUCCCCCAGGGCACCCUCUCCCAGUUCCAGGGCCACCAGACUCUGAACAUCGCCCCCUGCCUCGCCCAACCCCUCCCCCAGCAUCAUACUAGUUCCUCUACGUUGGGAGAGGGAACCACCAUCCUCUCCCUGUCCCAGCUCCCCAACGGACAGCUCCCCCAGGGACUCACACUCCAGCUGGGUGACCAGACCUCAGCUACCAUCCCCACUCUGACCCAGAUCCAGUCCCCUCUAGGCCAUCACCAGAUCAUCUCCUCCCCUACCCAAGUGGUUCCCGUCUCUCAGUCCAAAGAGACAACCCCAGCCCAGUUGGUUCCCCUCUCCCUGCCCCAGCUGGUGCCUGUCUCCUCCACGGGACAACUCUCCUUCCCUCAGGUGGGCCCAGCCACCCCAUCUCUAUCUGGAUCUGGAGGGGCCUUCCAGAUCCUAACCUCGGCCCCUGGAGGUGUGAUGACUCAGGGGCCCUUCAGGAUAAAUCAGCUGGGACCUCUCCAGACUGUAGGCCCUCCAACCAGCAUGGCUCCUGGUGUCCAGCUCCUCAACUCUGGGGUCAUUCAGCUCCCCUCCACCUCGCAAGGGAAUCUCCUCUAUGGUGGAAGCCCCAUCCUGAGUUACCAGAACGGCAAGCUGAUCCUAACUAUCCCAGCUGGCAUCCAGUUUGGCAGCCUGCCCAUGAAACCCAUCCCUGAGGCUUCUACCCACCCAACCAACGGAGUAGGCCCUGGACUCAGCCUCAACCCUGUCAUCCACCCUGCACCUACCCUUCUCCCAGUGUCCACCUCCGUCCCAACCUCCAACACCCUCCAGACGUCCCCACUCUGCUUCAUCAACUCCUCUCCGCUCUACUGCACUCCUGAGACGGGUGUCCCCACCAACCAGCCCCUCUCCACCACCUCCCCACACACCCUAGACCUCUCUGCCACCCACACCCCUCCCAAUGCCCUCACCCCCGAGAGCAUGCUCUCCCUCAGCCCUAUGUGCAGCGGCGUGACCCCCACCACUCAGCUCUCCCAGAUCAUCUGGAGCCCCGCCCCCCUCUCCACCUCCGCCAGCCUGACUAUGUUUGACAUCCGUGGGAAGGGAGAUCUACCCGAGGACCCGCCUCUGCUGGAUCUACCUGGAGGCGAGGCCCUGUUAAUGGGCAGCCCCUCUCCGGAACAGGAUGUGGACAGGGGGUCGCCAUUGGGGGACCCAGAGGAGAUGGAUGGAGACCCCAAGAUCCUCACCCAGCUACAAUCAGUCCCUGUGGAUGACGAGUUGGGGCUGUAAUCCAGUCCCCCCAGCCCACACCACCAUAAACGCAGUCAGUCAGCAAGACUACAAGUUACGGAACAAUCUGGGAGGUUUUGUUUGUCCAACCUCAGUGCUCCCCUGGAUAGGAUUGCAUUGAGGAGUGGACAGGCUUUGACUCGUAUGAGAAAGGUGCGCUGACUUAAUAUAUUCUCUGCCGAUGAUCCUUUGGAUAAACCAUCAUGGGAUAAGCUGAUUGUAUGCAACAUGGAAUGACCUGGAGGAUGGCCUUGCAUACAGGCUAGCCUAUUCCCUGAUUUCUGUUACACAACUGUCUACUGCUUGGUCUCCACAAUUUUAGCACUCCUAUACUGUCCUCAUCUGCCUCCCAUAAGCCUAGAGCCCUUCCUGUGUCACAAAAUCCAGUCCGAGCCAAAAUGGAGGAGCCCAUCUGCUGAGUCAACUGUGGGAGUAAAGGUCCUAAAACUCCACGCAAGGCUUGGUUCUUUUUUGCUCUGCACAAAGUUUAUUUGUAAGGACAUUCUGCUACUUUUAUGCACAGACGUCCAUUUCAGCCAAGACUAUUUGUACAACAAGGGCGAUGGACUGUGUACUCCUCUCUGUCAAAACUGGUCAGCAGUGUCACAGCAUCAAGGGUUCAGGCUCAUCAUUUAACUACAGGUUGGCAUACAUGCUAAGCGCUGUCACAUCUGAGGUCUGUAGGAGGAAAUGGAGUCACCUGGGAUGUUUUUAAAUAACUAUUUUAUUCUAUGCAAUCAAUUCAUGUUCCUCUGUAAAUAUGACCAUGUGACACAGAUAUGACAUGUAUUACAUGUCUAAUUGGGAUAGACCAAGCUUUAUUAAAGACUGAGUUUUUAUACACUAUGAAAUCUAAUGGGCGUACACUACAAUCUCUGCUUGAUCACAUUGUUGGAUAUUUGCAGUUGAAUGCGCCACAAUCCUACACAUUGUAUAUUGCGUCUGAAUGAAUUUUUUUUGGUGUUUUUAUAUUACUUGUAUGGGUUUGAGCUAGACCUAGUAAGUGCCUUUAUAAUCCAGUUGCUGCUGUUUUCUUGCCUUUGUAUCUUCAAAGUGAAGAAUGUGUUCUACUCUUCACAAAGUUAAGCACCAUUGACUUCCCACAUUGAUGUUGAAUAUGAGUUUUGUAAUAACCCUUAUCCCUCUUGAACUCUAGAGAAACGUAAUAUGAUACUCUUUGUUGCACGGCAGUUGCUCAUUUAGCAUCACUAACCCCUACCAUGAUAUAAUCACCAUAGAGAACUUCCUCCUCAUUGUACUUUUUGCACAUUUUGUCCGUGUCAUGUUUACGUCUUUGGUGAUGGCCAGAUUCUAUUCUGAACCUGCUGCCUUCUCUCUGUUGUUGACGAAUUGCACUCACUGAUCUGAAAGGACGAGAUAGGUCGAAGCAGCUGGAUACGUUUCAGAGCGCCUCUGUCUAUCCUGUUAUCAGCAACAGUGAGUCAUGAAGCCCUGAGAGCAGGCGACAGGUCUCCUAGAAUGGAAUGGUAUCCAGCAAAACUUGGUGCAGAUGUUCUCUCCAUAAACUUACAAUACUCACUCUACAUAACCACAGCACAGAUGGCAAUUAGUUCUCUGGCCAACGGUACAACAACGCUACUCUUCAGUGUCACUCCCAGCUGUAUGUGUUUAUAUUUGUGUGUUUGUUUAUUUUCUAUGUGUAUUUAAAGCAUGUAUCAAUCAUUUUCUAGUAGUAACUUUGAAUACUUUGAGUGAAGAAAUUAGCAGGAAAAUGGACACAGGAAAAAGCAUCAAUGGACCUUCCCAGAGGAUGGCUGGUUGUACAGUCUCAAUAUGUGUAGAUAAUGAUAAUCAUCACUUCUCAAAUUAUAUUAUACACUUACAAUCUGAAUAGGAUGUUAAUACCUGUAGCAUUCACUUGCCAAAGGAAUGUUGCAAGUUGUUUUUAUCGGUGUUUGGACAUUUCUGGUUGGUUCUGAGCGGUUUUUCCAUACGAUACUGUGCAUGAGUUUGAGGCUAAAGGAAUGUGUGUUUAUGUAUGUGUGUUUGUUUUUUGUAUCCAUGAGCCCAACCCUUGUCUACAUGUAGUGGUUUUUCUCUUUUAGUGUGUGGUGCUCCAAAGGCUGUUUGUGUCCAGUGCAGGAGUUUGUGCACAAUCUCACACACACACAAAGACACAUGCACACACACAACCUCCAGCUGAGUUAUCCAAAGAGAUGUACUUUUUAAUAGCGAGUAAAGGGAUUAUUUGAUUUCUUAAUACAUCUGUUUUGUCCUCUUUUGAGAGGUUGGUUUUGUACUUUAAAGGCAUUUUAUUUUUUAUAUACAGUUUUGUGAUAUUCUA